AUGUCUUCGAAGUCACAGAAAUGCCCAGGUUGCUUUCGAACGUUCGCACGUGGAUACCUCAACCACUUGGCCCAAACUUCCAACCCUGAAUGCGUCAAGGUUCGCGACCGCCUCGACAGCUAUAUCCCUCAAAUGCUGGAGUUGGAUGACCUCUCGUCUGCACCGGUCGAUGCUCCUCAUGGUCUUUCAGGCUCAGACCAUAAUGUCACACCCAACAUCACGGUGGGAAUAGAUGGUCCCACAGCGGAGGUAGCAUCGUGUAGCGGCGGGCCAGAUAGUGUUGACAUUCAUAUGAAUGAGGCCAGUGAAUGUGUUUACGAGCCGGAGGAGGAUGACGGAGAUGAUGGCGGCCCAAAUGUUGAUGUAGACGCUGAUGUUGAUGUUGACGAAGAACUGGCCGAUGAAGUAGAACAAGAACACGGCUGGGAACCCCCUGUUUCUGCCGCCGGUGAUCUGUCUUUAGUGGGCGAAUUCUCUGACGAGCAUGACUCAGACCGUGCCCCUAGCCCUUCCCAGGCAAACACAGCGCCGGCAGCUCGCGAGCAUGCACAGCGCCCUCUGCGACAGGAGCCAUAUAUCACACCAUUCCCUACGCCUUCUGCAGCGCAGCCUAUAGAUACUCAAGGGCAUGCGUACGAUGCAUACACCACCUCGAUCAAGGGCUGUAACGGGCAGGCUGAUAAUGUCUGGGCGCCAUUUGCUUCGCAAACAGACUAUGAAACAGCUCGUUGGGCCAAACUUCGUGGGCCGGGAUCGACUGCAUUCACGGAUCUCCUGAAGGUUCCAGGGGUUUGUGACCGCCUUGGGCUGUCCUACCAGAAUAGCCAGGAGCUUAACAAGAUAAUCGACACUCAAAUACCUCACCGUCGCCCUCGGUUCAAGCAAGAUGAGAUAGUCAUUGCUGGUGAAGCAUACGACGUCUACUACCGUGACAUCAUUGAGUGUGUCCGCGCUCUCUACGGCGAUCCAGAUCUUGCCCAGUAUCUAGUGUUCCAGCCUGAACGGCACUACACUGAUGCUGAUAAGACUUCGCGGCUGUAUCACGACAUGCAUACUGGCAAGUGGUGGUGGGAGACGCAGAUUCUCCUCGGGUACUUGCCGACAGCACGUCUGGAUCAUGUCACCAAUGAUGCUGCUCGGCGCCGCUGCGUUGCAAACCUGUUUCACGCCGCUAUGGAACUGAUCACCAAGCCGCUAGUGAAGGCCGGCUUAGAGGGUCUUGUCAUGGCCAGUGGUGACGGUGUGCGCCGGCGUUGUCAUCCCCUGCUGGCCUGCUAUGUUGGCGACUAUCCCGAGCAGGUGCUUGUCACUGCAACAAAGUAUGGUGAAUGCCCCAAGUGCGAGGUCUCUUCCAACGACCUUGGUGACGCUGAUCCCAACGCCCCAUAUCGGGAUCUCAAGGAAGUUCUCGAUGCCUUGUCCCUCUUUGACGGCGAUCCUCGGGAGUACGCACAAGCCUGUCGUGACGCCAAGAUCAAGCCCAUAUAUCACCCCUUUUGGAGGGAUCUGCCAUACUGCGACAUUUUCCAGUCCGUCACUCCUGACGUCUUGCAUCAGCUUUACCAGGGGAUGGUCAAGCACUUGAUUUCCUGGUUGAAGUCUGCCUUCGGUGAAGCAGAAAUCAAUGCUCGGUGUCGGCGUCUUCCCCCCAAUCACAACAUCCGUCUGUUUCUCAAAGGUCUUUCCUGUCUCCAGCGCGUUAGUGGUGCCGAGCACGCUCAGAUCUGUCGUAUCCUCCUGGGGCUCAUUAUUGGACUCCGACUUCCGGAUAACCUGUCACCUGUCCGCCUGCUCAGAGCUGUGAGAGGUCUCCUGGACUUUCUAUAUCUCGCCCAAUACCCCUCACACUCCGAAGAAACGCUCGACCUUUUACGCAAUGCCCUGGACGAUUUCCACCAGAACAAGGAUAUCUUUGUCGACUUGGGCAUCCGUGACACAUUCAACCUCCCAAAGCUCCACUCCUUCCUUCAUUACCUACGCAUGAUUCGACUAUUUGGCACAACAGAUAACUACAGCACCGAAUAUACCGAACGUCUCCAUAUAGACCUCGCCAAGGAUGCGUACCGUGCUACUAACCACAAGGAUGAGUAUGCCCAGAUGACCCGCUGGCUCGAGCGUCGCGAGAAGAUCAUGUACCAUGACCGAUUCAUCCGCUGGCGCUUAUCCGGGGGUACCACCACAGUGCAUUCACUCCGACCACGUCUCCCAUCCCUUCAAUAUGUCCGACAGUUCAAGAUCGCGAAACAUCCGUCAGCGCGCCGUGUUUUCUUCACGACUCUUGCAAGCGCAUAUGGUGCUCAGCAUUUCCAUGCCGCCCUAGCCCGCUACAUUGUCCUCAUGAACAAUGCCGGCUCGUCAAUCACUCGCACCGCCCUCGAGAACAAGGCCGCCAGUCUGGUGCUCAACACUAGCUCGGUCAAUGUUUUCCACAAGAUUCGUUUUAUCGACAUCGACUCUGAUGGCAAUCCAUCGCCUGUCACGGCUGAUGCGAUCCAUGCUCGGCCUCAACGUCAAGACGCUCGCCACACCGAUAUACCGUGUCGUUUUGACACGGCACUAAUCACUCGAGAGAGGGACAGUGGCACAGAACGGGCAACUGGUGUUGCAGGAUAUUGCGUUGCUCGCGUUCAUGUCAUCUUUUCCAUCAACGACACAGCCCGCUCACGCAUGUUUUCACCGGCCACCAAUGCAGGUGUUCCAAAACACCUAGCUUAUGUCUCAUGGUACACCGCCUUUGGUGAGACCCCUGACCGUCAUCAUGGUCUCUAUCCUGUUCGGCCUGAAGUUCGGAAUGGUGAGCAUUUAGUCAGCAUAAUUCCGGUUAGCAGCAUAGCACGUAGUGUGCACCUAUUCCCCAAGUUUGGUCCGGUCGCUCCUCGUGAUUGGAGCAGCAGCAACGUCUUAGAUCUAUGUCCCUCGUUCUUCGUAAACCCCUUCACUGAUCGCCACGCUUACAUGUCACUUUUUUGA